AAAAACAUUAUAUUGAUGCCGUGGUGUGAAGGUUUGGACCACUUUUUCCCCGUUGCGUCCAACCCUUUUCGUGCCCAUCUCUUUCUUUCUCCCAACCAACCAAGCCUGCUCCUGAAUAUCCAUUUACUGGAUUCCCUUUGUUCUCUUGUAUUUCGUCUCGAUUUUGUCAUGGAGGAUGCUAACGUGCUUGAGGCUAAGGAUGGGACCAUUUCUGUUGCUUCUGCAUUUGCUGGCCAUAAGGAAGCUGUACAGGAUAGGGACCAUCAAUUCUUAACGAAAGCUGUAGAAGAAGCAUACAAGGGCGUAGAAUGUGGAGAUGGGGGGCCCUUUGGUGCAGUUGUUGUUCAGAAUGAUGAAGUUGUUGUGAGCUGUCAUAACAUGGUAUUAAGUAACACUGACCCAACUGCACACGCUGAGGUUACCGCAAUAAGAGAGGCAUGUAAAAAGCUGAAUCAAAUUGAGCUCUCGGACUGUGAAAUUUAUGCCUCCUGUGAGCCUUGUCCAAUGUGCUUUGGCGCCAUCCAUCUUUCGAGAAUUAAGAGGUUGGUUUACGGAGCCAAAGCCGAAGCAGCUAUAGCUAUAGGGUUCGACGAUUUCAUAGCAGAUGCAUUGAGGGGCACGGGGUUCUAUCAGAAAGCCCACCUGGAGAUCAAAAGAGCUGAUGGAAAGGGGGCCAUUAUUGCAGAGCAAGUAUUCGAGAAAACAAAAGCCAAGUUCCCUAUGUAUUAAUCAUUCCUCCAUCUCUCAUGCAUGCAUUGCAUGUCUCACACACGGGCUACAAAGAAAUGUUUCUUCUUCUUGUAGCUAAGUUACUUCAAAACUAUUUAUUCUUCAUUCUGGGAAAAGAAUGGUUCCUUUCCAUCUUGUAGAUUAUAUUUUAUACUUGCAGACUUUGACAGUCACAGUGCUGUUCUCUGCGUAUCUUCUGCAAGCAUAUGUUUAUUCUGCUGUUCCAUAUUUCAGUGUACCAUCACAGGAAUUACCUUCAAAUUAAUAGACAUCCCAUGAAUCCUUA